CUUACAGCCUGAAGUUGUUCCUUACAAUGCGAUUGUGAAACGAAUGUGUAUUAAAAUGAUUUUUUACAAAUAACAGAAGCGUAUGUGUGGUUCAUAGUGCCAAAAGGCCAUUCGUUUUGUGACUGAUCAACUAUCUAGAAGAUGGCAAGAAUGGAGCUUCCGGUAUUGGAUAAAUUUUGCUUCAUAUUCGACUUGAAGACAGGAUGCAUCACAAUGGGCAUAUUGAAUUCCAUACUAACGUUUACAUUGGCGAUUAUCCUGAUAACGUUUGCGGUGGACAUCAGAGAGUCGACCGAGCUCCAAGUGAAGAGGGACGAUGAGGUCACCAUGUCUUCAGUGGUGUACACCAUCGUGGUACUCAUCGUGGUGCUGUUGUUCAUCAAGUUUGUUCUCGACCUGGUCUUUGUGUACGCGGUUUAUAAGGAAAAGUGUGGCAUAAUGAAGAAGUAUUGCAUCUUCUGGAUAGUGUUUCUGGUCCUCUUUAUUAUCGGAUUUCUCAAGAGUCUCUUCCACAUGGAUGCAGGACAUGUUAUCGCGCAGAUUCUGUUUUUAGCUGAAAAUUUUUACUACAUCAUUGUGAUCCGAAGCUACCUGAUUUCAAUUAACGAGGAUGGUGUUUUGUAAGGAUGUUAUAAUUAUUAGUUAUUGUCAAAAUUUCAUAAAAAAAACUCAG